AUGGCGAAGCUCUUCUCACGCUUGGGCCGCACGCGACCUUCAGAUGCUCCUAUCGCCACCAUCAAGCCCACCGAGUGCGACGUGUCAGACAAAGCCGAAGGUGCCGAUAAAUCCAAGGACGGGUCACUCGACGAACCCGCGGAUGAUGGCCCAGCCCUUCAUCCACAUGUCCAGGUCAAUGCAGCCUUCGUCGACCUCGCGGAUUUGGAUCCCGAGUUUCUAGACAAGAACGGAAAAGAAGCGAGUCGUUUUGCCUUGUACUUGAGCAUUUCGUAUAAUUGACGCGGUCGUUGACCAGUCGACUUGGGCCUUGGCACGGAUAACGUGAGGGCUCGGCCGAGCUGGCAUCAAAGCCGAACUGAGACAGGGGCCGUGACCCGCGUGCCGCGAUUCUGCGGUUCUGCCGGUCCGGUAGCCGUGUGCUUGUUCAAUCAUGGCCCGCAGCUUCACCCGCACACAUUCAGCAACACUCUUCCAGUUUGAAAUUGAUGGUGCGCUAACUUUCUAUUUGUAUCCUAACAGCGCGUGAUCGAAACGGCUCAUGAUUUUUCCACCCGGUGCGAUUUUGAUCGCGAGCACUCGAGGGUUGCGGCGUCCCUGCUGAUUUGAAUACUCGCCACUCGUCUUAUCACAGUUUGAUCUCGCUCGAAGAUGACCCGAGCCUUCCUGUUCACACCAUUCGAAUGUGGACCAUCGGUCUCGGGUUAACGUGCUGUGAGUUCUGAGACUUUGUCUGAGGCAGUCUAAUUUAGCACCAGACGUGGACUAACCGAUUCUGACCUCUCGAUCCAUCCUCUUUUCGCAGUCGGCGCCGUCCUAGGUCAAAUUUUCACGUUCCGGCCUCAAGAGUACGAAGUUUCAGCAUUAUUCUGUAAGUCCUAUUAUUUGAUACUGGUUUCUGCCCUCGCAUACCUCCUUACUCACACUCCCCCCUACCCUCCCCGCAUUCAGUGCAGAUCUUCGCAUAUGGUAGGUCCACCCCCAGGGGUCUCGCCAUUGGAGAGGAGCGGAGAAACUGACCCGUAGUCGCUGGUCGCUCUCCAGUCCUUGGCACCGGAUGGUACAAAGUCUUGCCCAAGCCCAGUAAGGGUCGAUUCUGGGAGAUCCUCAACCCUGGACCCUUUAACAUCAAAGAGCACGUGUGCAUCACCGUCAUGGCCUCGACCGGCAGCAACGGCGCGCUCGCCAUUUCGACGUUUGCGGCCGAGAAACUAUUUUGUAAGUUGAGCCACCCACCCGGGAAUUCGAGGAUAUAAGCUGCUGAGGCGUAGAGCUUUCACCCAUAUUUGGCUAGACAAUAUUGAUCUCAACUACGGUGUUGCGAUCUUCACUCUCAUUGGUGAGUGGCUAUCAGCGGCUAUCGGUCCAUCAUCAGCACAGUACUCACCCAUCGGGUACUGUGCAGCCUCACAAUUUUUCGGGUAUGGACUCGGAGGCUUGUUCCGAUCGAUCCUCGUCUAUCCCACCUUCGCCGUCUGGCCGUCUUUGAUCCCGUCGGUCAGCUUGAUCGAAACGCUGCAGUGAGUAUACUGCUCCCGCCGAUGGCAGCCCCAUUUCGAGACUCGGACAACUAACUCUAUGGUGACUGCCCUGGAUAGCCGAGAGCCAGAUCUCGCGUCACAGAAGAAGCGGUACAGGUUCUUUUGGAUUGUGAGCAGUCAUACAUAAUACUCUUUUGUCACCUCACUCACUCCUCGCUGAUGCUGAGGCCACUUGCAUCAACAACAGGGUUUCGUCGCCAUUUUUGUUUGGGAGUGGUUCCCGGAGAUCAUCGCCCCGACACUGACGGGGAUCAGCGUAUUUUGGUGAGUGAGAGACUACCACGCCGACCCAGGAUUUGUACGGAGCCUACGGGAACUGAACUUUCCUCGCGACGCUCAAUAGCCUUGCAAAUCGCACCAGCCCCAACUUCACCCGGUUGUUCGGCGGCUCGAACGGGAACGAGGGGCUCGGCCUAUUCUCAAUCGGGCUCGAUUGGCUUCAGAUCACGUCAUGUAAGAUCUCCGCACCUAAUUUUAGCUCUUGAAAAAUCACACAUCGAAGAUCACGACCAUCACCGUCUGAACAGUACCGCUCUACAUGCCCUGGGCGACCACCGUUUCCAAGGGAUUGGGAGUGGUCUUGUGCAUCGUUGUCUCCAUCGCUGGCUAGUGAGUACGCUCCCCGUCCCUUCUUCGAGCAGGGUGCCUGAAUCCUCGAUCCUGGUACCGACAGUUUCGGCAACGCUUGGAAUGCGAAAAAUUAUCCUUUCCUAGGUCAAAAUCUCUUCUACGAGGUGCCAAAAGAUCCCUUCAGACCGACUGAGCGACAGUCUUGCUGUGAUCGUCUGACUGACUCCUAAGUAAACCGUGCCUGCUUAUUAGAAUGGCACGCGGUAUCACCAGAACCUUAUUCUUGAUGCACACUUUAACCUCAACAAGACCGCGCUGGCCGAGCAAGGCGAGUCUUCUUAA